CUUGUGGUACAAUGCCAGAAAGACUAACGGAAAUGCUUAUGGAUACAUGGACUCCAUUAAUAAUAUUAUGGAUUACUGUACUUCCUUCCAUUUUUAUGGCUCCAAUGAAUCAAUCUCAAGUACUACCAAGUGGAUCCAGUACAGGACUAAAAAGGCUAACUGAAGAACAAAGGGUUUUGAACCGCUUCAAGAGAGGCUGGGUUUGGAAUCAAAUGUUUGUAUUAGAAGAAUUUUCUGGACCUGAACCAAUACUAGUUGGCCGGCUACAUACCGACUUGGAUCCUGGCAGCAGUAAAAUCAAGUAUAUCCUGUCAGGAGAUGGAGCUGGAACAAUCUUUGUGAUCAAUGACAAGACUGGAGACAUUCAUGCAAUGAAAAGGCUUGACCGUGAGGAAAAAGCUGAGUACACUCUAACAGCUCAAGCAGUCGACAGGGACACAAACAAACCUCUGGAGCCUCCUUCAGAAUUCAUUAUAAAGGUUCAGGACAUCAAUGACAAUGCCCCAGAGUUUGUUGAUGGUCCAUAUCAUGCCACAGUUCCAGAGAUGUCUGUCGUAGGCACCUUUGUUACUAAAGUAACAGCUACAGAUGCAGAUGAUCCAGUUUAUGGAAAUAGUGCCAAGCUGGUUUAUAGCAUUCUGGAAGGACAGCCUUACUUUUCCAUUGAACCACAUACAGCUAUAAUUAAAACAGCUCUUCCCAACAUGGACAGAGAAGCCAAAGAAGAAUACUUUGUUGUCAUCCAAGCAAAGGACAUGGGAGGACAUAUGGGUGGACUCUCUGGAACUACAACAGUGACAAUUACACUCACUGAUGUUAAUGACAAUCCUCCCAAGUUUGCACAGAGUCUUUAUCACUUCUCAGUAAUGGAGGAUGUUGCUCUUGGUGAACCUAUAGGAAGAGUGAAAGCAAAUGACCUGGAUAUUGGAGAAAAUGCUGAGUCAUCCUAUGAUAUUAUUGAAGGAGAUGGAAUGGAUAUUUUUGAAAUCACUACAGAUGCCCAAACUCAGGAUGGCAUUAUUAGAGUGAGAAAGCCACUGGACUUUGAGACCAAAAAAUCCUAUACUCUGAAGGUAGAAGCAGCCAACAUUCAUAUUGAUCCUCGCUUCAUCAGUGGAGGACCGUUCAAGGACACAGCAACAGUAAAAAUUGUAGUAGAGGAUGCUGAUGAGCCACCAGUCUUUUCAUCACCUACUUACCUACUGGAAGUGCAUGAAAAUGCUGCUAUUAACUCUGUGAUUGGUCAGGUGACUGCCCAUGACCCCGAUGUGUCUUCCAGUCCUAUAAGGUUUUCCAUUGAUCGCCAUACUGACCUUGAGAGACAGUUCAACAUUAAUGCAGAAGAUGGGAAAAUAACUUUGGCAACUCCACUGGACAGAGAAACAAAUAUGUGGCACAACAUAACUAUAGUAGCUACUGAAACUAGGAACCACAGUCAAGUGUCCCGGGUGCCUGUUGCUAUCAAAGUUCUUGAUGUAAAUGACAACGCUCCUGAGUUUGCGUCAGAACACGAAGCAUUUUUAUGUGAGAAUGGGAAGCCUGGACAAGUAAUUCAGAUUGUCAGUGCUGUUGACAAAGAUGAUCCUAAAAAUGGGCAUUACUUCCUAUAUAGUCUUCUUCCUGAAAUGGUCAACAAUCCAAAUUUCACCAUCAAGAAAAAUGAAGAUAAUACUCUCAGCAUUUUGGCAAAGCACAGUGGAUUCAGCAGGCAGAAGCAAGAAGUAUACCUACUGCCAAUCAUAAUAAGCGAUAGUGGAAAUCCUCCCAUGAGCAGCACUAGCACUCUUACUAUUCGAGUCUGUGGUUGCAGCAGUGAUGGAAUUGUCCAGUCCUGUAAUGUUGAAGCAUACGUACUUCCCAUUGGACUCAGCAUGGGAGCCCUAAUUGCAAUAUUAGCAUGCAUCAUUUUGCUGCUAGUCAUUGUGGUGCUGUUUGUAACACUAAGAAGACAUAAGAAUGAGCCCCUAAUCAUCAAAGAUGAUGAAGAUGUGAGAGAAAAUAUUAUUCGCUAUGAUGAUGAAGGAGGUGGAGAAGAAGAUACAGAGGCUUUUGACAUUGCAACUUUGCAAAAUCCAGAUGGAAUUAAUGGAUUUUUGCCUCGUAAGGAUAUUAAGCCUGAUCUUCAAUUUAUGCCCAGGCAGGGUCUUGCACCUGUUCCUAACGGUGUCGAUGUUGAUGAAUUUAUUAAUGUAAGGCUUCACGAAGCUGAUAACGAUCCCACGGCUCCACCAUAUGACUCGAUCCAGAUUUAUGGCUAUGAAGGAAGAGGGUCAGCGGCUGGUUCCCUUAGCUCAUUGGAGUCUUCUGCAUCAGACUCAGACCAGAAUUUUGACUACCUCAGUGAAUGGGGUCCUCGCUUUAAAAGACUUGGAGAACUUUACUCAGUUGGAGAAAGUGACAAAGAAACUUGA